AUGUCGAUAGUGCCUGUGAUUCAGCUGAAAGGAGCCCCAAGAAAACACGUGACUUGCACCGCCCCACGGCCCUGCAUCGCGGAGUGCUUCAGCAGAUCGCAGGCCGCUGACGCAGUUCGGCCGCAGCUGAUUGGAGUGCUGGCCACGUCUGGCCCUGUGGUACUGUGGUAUGUACUGUACUGUUUGCAGCUGAUUGGGCAGAACCAUGUGGACGGUAGAGGAUUGAAUGGUGCUUUGCAAGUGGAAACGUCUCAGCGGAAGCUGCUGUGCGCUGCUCUGGCGGAGGCGCCAGACUCGCGGCUCAUGGCCUUGGGCGCCGCCGCCGCGGAAGACCCCGCGGUCACUGUGGCGGGCAGCGCCGUGCGGGCCGCCUCCCGGUCCCGCAGCCGGGCCAUGUCGCCCGCGAAGCCCUCCUCGCCGGGCCCCUCGCCGACGACGCGGGGAAGCGGAGCAGGAGGGAGCGCUCCGGGGCCUGUUCUGAGCCGGCACCACAGCCGCUCCAACCUGGGGAAGCCGCCCAUGGAUCCCAGCGGCCCUGGGCGGAGAUCUGACUCGCAGAAGCGUGGGGAGAAUGGGGAGAGGUCCCCAUCUAUUGGAGAGGUUCUUCAGCCACUGGGCCCCAUAGGCCGCUUGGACGGCCAGAAGAUGUGGGCCCCUUUUUCACGGUAG